CCGCGCUAGCCGCUCGCGUGCUAAACUACUCGAUUUUACAACAAUCGAUCGUGAUUAAUAUCGAUAAGUUUGAAAUGUGGAAUAACUUAUUAUACUUAACUUUUAAGUGAUUGUGGUUUGUGUUUCUAAUUUAGGUAGCUUUAUUGGAGAUAAUAUGUUGCGAUACUUGGUACCCCUCCUAUUCAUCUUGUCAUCAGUAACAUCCCGGAGAGAAUGGAUGUCACAAUAUCGACCAAAAUACACAAAAGGGCAAAUAGCAUCUGAAUCUCAAUUGAAGUUCGCACUCGAGAAUAAGUAUGACGACACAGGACCGGGAGCCAAGCAGCCUGAAUACGCUUACCAUACAUACAAAACCUUAGAAGACGCAUUAAUUGCAUACUUAGAUGACCCAGACACUAAGCUCCCAGAACAUGAAAGAAUGAAAGCUAUAAAUAAACUAACCAAAGCCCAGAACUACGCCACUCCAGCAUCAGUAGGCAAGCUAUUCCACAAGAACAGCCACUUCAAUGACUUCACGAAACCACAGUUCCGACCUGUGAGUCAUGAAACUGAUCCAUAUAACUUACAUGCGAACAAAAUUUAUUUUCCUGAAGAAAGUAUACUUAAUACGAAAUUACCCAAAGGGGCAGCUGAUGGCAAUAUUCUGAAUUAUCAAGCUGAGAAGGUGGAGCCGUUCGGGUUCCAUAAGCUACACACGGUGAAAGGCAGUCCUUUGAGCUUGGCACAUUACACCAGGGACAAUAAUAAACCUGAGAAGAAGCAAGAAAUAUUUGAUGCUCAUCCUAAGUACACAUUUUCGUAUGGAGUACAUGACAAGACCACAGGCGACUCGAAGACUGUUCAGGAGAGCCGCGACGGUGGCUCCGUCCGAGGGUACUACAGCUUCCUAGACUCUGACGGCAAGACACGCUCCGUCUACUACACGGCUGAUGAUCGGCUAGGAUUCCGCGCCAAUGUGCAGAAGACCGAUUAGAAUAGUUUAAUUAGCUAGCUUUAAUUGUAUGAUGGUAAGAGAGGAUUUGCAAGUCUAAAGCCUAAGGUCACUGGCAACAUAAACGUCAGUGUCUUAAAACAUCUGUUUACUGAUACGAGAUAAUUUGUAAUGGUUUUAGGAAAACUGCCGUUUAUGGCAUUGGUGAACUUGGGUUUUAGUGUUGUAGAAAUUUCGGAGUAGUCAUCGAAAGUAGUAGUAGACAUAGAAAGGCUCCAAAAUUGGCCUUAACCUCGAAUAAAUGGUAAUCUUUUGUUUGCAGACAAAGUUGACAAGUUGACGCAACAUUCUCGUUGCUCAACAACAAUGUUGAUCAACUGUUGCUAUACACAUGUUUACCAUUAAUACCUGGCGUAUAUUUAUGUAGUCACCACAUUUGUUCAGUUUUCUCUUGUAUCCUGCUCCUUUGUUAUGAAAUAUUAAAAUUAGUGAUACUGACGUUUUCCUCAUAGUUACCACUGUUGAUUUUAGUUUUUAGGAUUUUAUUUAGUGUCAGAGUCAAAAGAUUUAAAUUAAAAUGUUUGCUGUACCCUAUGUGCCUGAGGGUCAUAUUCAGUCUCACUUAUGGACCCUUGUUAAGUGACCCAGGAUUUACUCUAAUUGAAAAUAAGACAUAGGUUAAAGCUUGCCAGUGAAUAUAAGUGCAGUUGAAUGGGUAGUCAAAGCAAUCUAAUGCGUUUAAGAUCCCAUCGCUAAUUUAGUACGAAGGAUAGACUGUGGAGCUCAAGUAGACAAGACAAUUUUUUUGCGUUUUUAGUGUUUACCUUUUGUAAAUCAGUCAGUCUGACUGUCCGUUCUAACUACCACAUACCUACCUAGGACUUGAAAACAAUCCCUACUAAUAUAAAAAGCUAAAGAGUUUGUUUGUUUAUUUGAACUCACUAAAAUCAACAACUACGUGUCCGAUUGAAAUAAUUCCCGCAGUAGUUGAUAGAUGCCCAUGUAUCUAGGAAGGCUAGUUUUUAUCCUGGUGCGCGAAGUAGCGUGUCCUAGCAUCUACACGACGUGGAUAAAACAGCUGGCGGAAGCUGGUCAUUAAAUAUUUUCUUAAGCACUGGACUGUUUUUAUACCUUUUCCAUUCAUCUGUAGCGAGUUUCUUGAACAUUUAUAAAUCAAAUGCACUUGUAAAUCAAUUGUACUUUUCUUAUAUUAUUUAUCUUUAUAACAAAAAUUAUGUUUUGCUAUCAUAAUCUCAACGGUGUAUCAUUACUUGAAGAAUUCGAUGUCGAUUGUAUAAACUUCACGUAUUUAUAAUGUUUUCAUAAUAAUUGUAAACCGCGUCAGAUUUCAAUGUUUUUAGUUUUAUUCAGGCGCUUAAUGGACUAGUCAAAGCAAGAUUCCGCCAACUGAACUAGACAUAAUCUAUGGUACUACAAUUACAAUGAGUUUGUUUGUUUUUUAUUCACUCACUUCAGGAACAGCUCGCCUUAUCUGAAAAGGUCUCGCACUUAGAUGUUACACGAGAUGAGAAUGUCCUUUUAUCCAACAAACAAACUAUUCAGCUUAAUAAUAUUAGUAGGUUAUUUUAAUGUCGUUUUCUUACCUGGGUACUAAAUGAAUAAGGCAGUUUCUAUUCGUUACGUAUUGUUAUGUUUCAAUUUGUACAGAACCUUUCAUAGACUGGUGGAUUUUAACUUUUUUCCUAGAGUUUUCAUUGUUUUUUAAAGCAGCCUAUCCUUAUGUUCCCAUGUGUAAAUACUUAUUUUAUUUUACUCUAUUGUGUGUGUGUUUAUACCUCAUUUUUUACGGAAAUCUUUUUUAUUUAAAAUAAAUGUAAAUUAUGGUUU